AUGUGUCGGUCUGCAGAAUUGCGCGCAGUCAAAGGCUUACUAUGCUUGUUGGUGAUGGGAUGCCCAAUCGUUGAAAAAGCCAGAUACCCGAGUAUGCCCGUAUUCGGACAUGGCUGGCAGACAUCGUAUGCCGCCGCUGUCGAGCGACUGAAGGCAAGGACUGCCUAG